AUGUUCUACCGGAAUCUGCUGGCCAUGGAGACCGAGGAGAUGAUCCGGGCGCAGCCGAUGGAUGCCGUGGUGCUGCUGGGCGGCUGCGACAAGACGGUGCCAGCGCAGCUCAUGGCGGCGGCCUCCGCGAACGUGCCGGCCGUGGUGUGCGUGACCGGCGCCAUGCGCACCGGCACGUGGCGGGGCGAGCGGGUCGGCGCCUGUACCGACUGCCGCCGUUACUACGCGGGCUUUCGCGAGGGGAGGAUAGGCGAGGAGGAGCUCCGCCAGGUGCAGCAGCAACUGUGCUCCACGCCCGGCACCUGCAUGGUGAUGGGCUCCGCCUCCACCAUCGCCUGCGUCGCGGAGACGGUCGGGCUGAUGCUCCCCGGCGGCGCCUCGCCCACCUCCGGAAGCGCGGACCGGCUGCGCAACGCGGUCGCCACCGGCCGGCGGGCGGCGCUGCUGGCGCGCGAGCCGAUCACGCCCGACCGGAUCCUCACCAGGGAGGCGUUCGAGAACGCGCUCAGCGUGCUGAUCGCGCUGGGCGCUCGACCAACACGAUCAUCCAUCUGA